GAAAGAGAACCCGCAUAUGUCAAUGCCUGAAGUUGCAAAGAUCUGUUCUGACGAAUACCAGAAAUUAUCAGAGAAAAGUAAAGCCAAAUACAAAAACAGAUGUGAUGAUAUGAGGAAAGAAUACGAGGAACGUCUUGAACAAUUUUACACCAGCUACCCCGACAUGAGACCUGUGAAGACUGAAAAAGCCGCAAAAUCUGCCGCAUAUAAGGCGAAUCUAGUUCGAGCCGCUGAACCUGAGCGGCCGGUCAUUCUUCUACCUGGGGCUCCACAAAAACCAGGAAAACCCUUUGACCUGUUUUUCCAACAACAAAUGGAAGGACUUAAUGAACAGACAACAGAACGUGGCAUUCAGCUGGAGAGAGCAAGACAGGAGUGGAGGGAUAUGAAGGUAAAAAAGAAGGCGAAGUGGAUUAGGAAAGCCAUGAAGGAGUUCAGGGACUACGAGGAGAAGGUCGUGGACUUCAAGUCCAAACAUCCUGAGUUUAAUCCACCUUCGGUAAAAUCAUUCUUGACCCAGGAGGAACAGAAAAUCCUCGACAAACAUAUGGGUCGACCAGAGAAACCUCCAAGCUCUGCAUACUCACUUUUCAGCAAAGAGAUGUUGAAUACUGAGUCUAUUAAACAGUUUCCGAGUAAGGAGAGGAUGUCACAUAUAUCAGAAGCAUGGAAAAAGGUAUCUGAAGCUGAGAAGGAAACCUAUCAGGCCCAGGUCAACGACGCGAUGGGUCGCUACAAGACAGAGUACAACGAGUGGUACGAGGCCCUCACUCUGGAGGAGCAAAAGGCUGAGAAGGAUCGGACGACCUCAAAAAGUUCUAAGAAGACCCCGAACGGUCACAAUAUAUCCAUGAUGUCAAGUAUGCCCGCUUCCCCUGCCCCCCAGACAAUGACCCUGAUGAGCGCGCCUGUCGGUCAAACUACUCAGCUGCCAAGUAUCACAGUACCAUAUCCGGGGCAGCAUGGUCAACCCAGCCAACCCAUGUUUGUUAAGGUUGAGGUGGUAGGUGGACCACAGUCAGGACACACCCAGCUUAUCCCUCAGAUAUCUAUUCCUAAUCCUAACACAAGCAUUGGCUACGGUCUGCAGACACCCAGCUAUGCCUUCCAGCUUCCUACAGUCAGUGCUCCACAAACUAUUCAUUAUCAACAGCAUCAACAACAACAACAGCCACAGCAUCAGCAUCAAAUACAGCAUCAUCAAAUACAUCAGCAACAACAUCAGCAACCCCAACAGCAGCAGCAGCAGCAUAUUCAACAACAACUGUUUCAACCUCAGCAACAUCAACAACAACAACAGCCACAACAGCAUUCUUGGAUUCAGGUUAAACAGGAGAAAGACAGGUUAGAGUCUUUGAAAACUGAAAUUUUGCGCAGAGAGCCGGUUGAACCUGCAAGGUCUCACAAGCAACUGUUCAUCGCUGAUCAAAUAAAGAAAGCUAAGAAGAAAGAUAAACGGGUUCCAGACUCAAAGCUGAUCGCUGAUGCCAGAGACCUUUGGCGGCAGACAGAGAAGAAGGAGAAAAAGAAGUGGUUGAAAAUGUUAGAGCCACAAAGACAGCGGUACAUUGAGGCGUACACCAUAUUUGUCCGAGGACUGAAUAAAGAAGAGCUUGAAUUGUAUACAGAAAUGAAGGCCCGGCGUGAUGCUGAGGAGGAGGCAAGACGAGCAAACGAGAGCGAGGAUUCAGAAGAAAGCUCAAGUGACGAGGAUUCAGAUUCAGAUUCAGACUCAGAAUCAGAUUCAGAUCUCUAGACCACGUGAUCUCGUGUCAGGGAUGGGGAAAUCCCCCCCCCCCCUCUUACAAAUAAUCAUAUCUUCUUCCUUAUCUCCUAAAAUUUGAAGUUAUUUACAAAAGCAAAAAGAGGAUGUACACUGUACAGUUCAUCUUUGUUUUCAAAAGUAAUGUACUCAAGGAGAAACCAAGGAGCAUGGAAUAUAAUGGAGAUGGUACUCCAUUUGAAAAAAGUUGAAAG